AUGGACGUAGAAAUCCCUGAGGGGGACAAGGACUCGCACGGGGGAGCAGCAGGGGGUCCUGAGGCUCAAGGGGGCGUGACCUGGGACGACAAGGAGAAGACCUGGCGCGCCAGGAUUUACGACCGCAAUGCCGGCAAGCAGCGCCACAUUGGCAGGUUCCCGGCUGAGGAGGACGCGGCGCAGGCGUACGACUGCGCGGCGCUGCUGCUGCUGGGCCCGUCUUACGCGACGCAGGACAAGCUCAACUUCGGGGUGGAGCGCGCUGAGCGCCUGCUCCCAGUCUUUGAGGCGCAGCCCGUCUUCUCACGCCUGCGCGGCCCCCGCCCGGGCGCCCCCGGUGGCGCGGCGCCAGUCCCGUCACUCGGCGUGCGCAAGCGCGUGACCAAGGCGCGCGCGGCGGCGGCGACGAUGGCGUCGGCGACCGCGGCGGCCAUUGCAGCGGAGGAGCUGGAGCGCGCCAUGGCUGUGAUCCAGAGACAGGUGGGCUGGGAUGGGGGGGGGCGGGCUCCGUGCCGUCCAGGCGCCACUAGUCGCGCCGCUGUCUGA